GGAGCAUCAUGGCGAUUGACGGGGGGAGGAACUGUGGUGCUCAUGAGCUCAUCUGUGCCAGACGAGCAACAAACUGUCUGUGGAGAGUCCUGACAACCUGUCUCAACUCAGCGGCUAUAAGGACAACCAGCAAGCAUAUGCUGUGAUGCUGGCACCACACACAUGACCGUGUCACUGCUUCUGAUGAGCUAAUCUAGCGGGCAGCGUGUGACAGGAUCCCUGACUGAGAGAUGGCCUUCUUCAAGAGCUUCCAGCCGACCCUCCCGUCUGUCAACAUUUCUUCCAUCUUGGAUUCAGUCACCAGUCGUGUGGACGACCUGGCCAAUGCUGUCAGUGAUGUCACUUACGCUGUCAGUGACCAGCUGACUGAGCAGGUCACUACUAUCAUCAACAAGGUGCAGGAAGAGGAGGAUGGGGAAGAUGGCAGUGGUCAGGAGUCGGGUCAGGCCUCCACUGCACAAGAACGCAAAGCCAGUAAUAAAAGCAUGUGGCAAAUGCAUCGAGACUCAGAUGCUGGUCAGGCAGGCUCGAAAAACAACCAAGCCAGUGAAACGACAGUGGGAGAGCACACCCAGAGCCAAAUGGAGUGGGAAUGGAGAGAUGGAUGCUGGCGAGUGAAAAAGACAGAAGAUGAAUUAGCAGAGGAAGAGAGGAAGAGGAAAGAGGCAAAGGAGGAACAGGAGAGGCGAGAACAUAGAAGAAGAGAAAGGAGAGAGAAGCAGCUGGAGAAAGAAGCCAAGAUUCAGAGAGACAAAAAAGAACCUGGAGAGCUGGAGCAUGAUGAGGCUGUUGAAACACCAGAGACGACAGACAACAGCGAUGGACAUGACAGAAAGGAAAAGGAUGGCGACCAAUUAGCUGCUCAGGAAGGUAGCGAAGAGCAUGAUAAAACCCCUCAAUUACCAAAUUGUGAAACUGAAGUCAGGAUAUUAAAAGAGAAAGAGCAACAAGAGGGAAAAGAGGAGGAAGAAAUGGAGGAUCGUGGUGAAAGAAAGACAGAUGAUGAGGAAGAGGCUGAGCUGUCUAAAACUUCUACAACAAAAAAUAAGUCAGAUAAGAAGAAAGGAAGGGGUUCAAAGGAGAAUUCAAAAAAGUCUGAAAAAGCUUCCGAUGUGGAGAAAAAGAAGGACAAUGGCAAGAAAAGCAAGAAGAAAAAGAAAGGAAACCAAGAUGGAGUCGUAUCAGACAGCGAAGAGGAAAAAGACCCCGAGGCUGUGACCCAGCAGAAGUCAACGUCUGCAUGGAGCAGCAAAAGCAAACAGUCCAGUGAGCAGGGAGGAUACAGCAGCGAGGCCUCCAGUGAGCAGACAGCCACCAGCAUCCAGAGGAUAAAGAACGACUCUUCCUUCAACGAGCUGCAGCCUCCUCCUUACCAAGAUGAGGGCUCAGGGGCGCGCACAUCCUCUCGUUCCCACUCAGAGCGAAGAACCAGGAGGGCGUCGUCCCCACAGCACUGUGACAGCGCCUGCUGCUCCAGUGAGGACCAGGACACUGAGAGCUACCUCAACAAAGGCUGCGAGGAGGACAUUCCCAGUGACAGCACCGCAGUUCUUGGUCCAGAGGAUGGUUGUGGUCUUCAGCUUCCUGCAGUCUAUGAGCCCGAGCCCCUUGCCAAAUAUGGCACGCUGGAUGUUGCUUUUGAGUAUGACUCAAGUGAACAGUGGUUGGCCGUCACGGUCACUGCUGCAACUGACAUACCUGCACUCAAACAGACAGGAAACAUCUCGUGGCAGGUUCACCUUGUACUCCUGCCCACCAAGAAGCAACGGGCCAAAACGGGCGUGCAGAAGGGCCCGUGUCCUGUCUUUACAGAAACAUUCAAAUUUUCCAGAGUGGAACAAGAAGCCCUGGGGGACUACGCCGUUCGCUUCCGCCUGUACAGCAUCAGACGAAUGAAAAAGGAGAAGGUCCUGGGAGAGAAAGUGUUCUACCUGACUAAACUCAACCUGCAGGGGAAGAUCGCUCUACCUGUCACCCUGGAGCCCGGCUCUGAACUCACAGGUUGCGGCUCUUUGGUGAGUGUGUCUCGCAGUGCGGGAGCUCUGUCCUACCGAUCGACUGAAGACUCAUCCUUGCCAGAGAUCCUGCUGGGCCUCAUCUAUAACUCUGCCACAGGACGCCUGUCAGCUGAGGUUAUCAAGGGAAGCCACUUUAAAACCACUGCCUCUGAUAAACCUGUCAACGGUCUGUUUUGUUGUGUGAAACACUUUGUGGGGGGGCAGCUGUAUAUCAUGAGAGAUACCUAUGUGAAGCUGACCAUGCUGGACUCCAAAGGAAAGGAGAUGUCUAAGUGCAAGACGGCCGUCUGCCGUGGCCAGCCCAACCCCACAUACAAGGAGACAUUUGUGUUCCAGGUGGCGCUUUUCCAGCUGUCUGAGGUGUCGCUGGUGUUGUCAGUGUUCUGCCGGCGGAGCAGCAUGAAGCCCAGGGAGAAGCUGGGCUGGGUCUCCCUGGGCCUUAACAGCACCAGCGAGGAGCAGCAGGCCCACUGGACAGAGAUGAGGGAGGCAGAGGGACAGCAGGUCUGCCAUUGGCAUACCCUCACCGACACAUAGGAGAAGAUUUCUGAGGACUGGACCUACAGUUCUAGCCUUCUCUUAGCUUUAAGAGCUUUGGGAGAGCAAGGCAGCACCUUGUGCGAUGUGUGUUCUUGUGUGUGUUGCGUUCAGGUGUGAGGAUGGACAUUGCUUUCCAGUCUUCACUGCCACACUGCCAGGCUGCAUGGAUGCCCCUUUAAUCUGCUUCUUUUCUCUGAAGGCAGGCAGGCUGACUUCGUGGAUAGGGGUGUAAAACUCCAGCUACAGCCUUUUUACUGACACUGAAAAUCACUGACACUUUCAUGACUGAACUAACCCAGCUCAGAAAGAAAAAGCUUCUUUUUCUAGUGACUCUGCCCACAGCAAAAUUUGCAUGUCUACGAACUGUUUACAAAUCACACUUCCAAAUAAUUGUCGUCAUUCAAUCCUGGACCAAAGAACUCGGUCCAGAACUGACAGAUUAUUUCCUCUGAGCUUUAGCUGCCACCAGCAUACCAGACAUUUCUCUAUCAGUUGUAGCCACUGACAAGAGAGAAUUCAAUGAGAGGACUGUUACAAACGGCCUACAACAUGCUGCAACUGUGCUAAAAAGCUAUGCUUUGUACUGUGUUUACAUGCACAUAACAUUAUGCAAGAUCUUUUCAUUGGUCUCCCCUUUCAUGUUCUUGGAGUGUCAGUCAUGACCUAUCAGGACUAUGGGUUUUCCACAAAGACAGAUGUUUUAUUUUCUAUUGUGGUCUUGCAUAAUUGAGUACCUAUGCAUCUGACACCACUUUAAACAAGAGGAAUGCACUUUUUUCUUGUGCUUGCAGAGUCUCUUAUAGAAUGGACAAAGCUCUGCAUGCCCUCAGUAUCAGAGAACAGCUUCCUUUACUGUGUAACACUGAUGGGACCCGUUUCACCAUUCAGCCUUCUGACAACUCAGCCAUGUUCAUUCAUGUAGAAACACGGUGCUUCCCGCUGAGGAGGAAUAUGCAAAAGCCUGCACAGCCCGAUAAACUCUCCAUAGUCUCUGAGGCAGUUUCGAUGACAGCCUCAGCUGUGUUUGUUGUGAAGGGAGGUGGGGUGGGGAAACAAAGUUACAGUAACGAGAGAUCUUAUUUUUUUUCAGAUUUAAAGGGAAUGGAAAAUAUAUAAAUAAAAAAUGUAUAUAUAUUGUCUACUGCUGUGAGGAAUCUGCUUACACCUGCAAGUCUUAUUCUGGGACAAUGCCAAGUCUAAAUUCUGAUCUGUCAGAGAAGCUAUGAGUCAGAAAAUCCCCCCAGAGGACAACCCAAGCCACACCCUUGUUUGAGUGUCUUAAAUGCAACCCUCUCCCCUAUACUAGCUGAAUGAAGCUGAGAGGCGUGGGGUGCAAUUUUUGUUCUCUUCAUCCAAAUGAUGUCAGAUUUUGAAGCCUUCAUCUGGGUUGGUAAGUUGGAGGGGUGCUACAGUCACACCUCGUUCCUUCAGCUUCUCCAGCUGUGACAAAUUCCAGCGAAGGUUCUUAAUGAGAGAUGAUUUUGCAGGAAAUAUUCAAACCAGAUGUCCAGAUAGUUUCUUUUCUUUUCUAGCAGAAAGGAAACAGCCUCUGGAGUGCUUUUUAUCAGAAAUGCAGCUUUUGUUUUCAGCACAGUUUGUGCUAAAACCAGCACUUCAUUUGUAACUUUUGAGAAGGAAGCUGAGACACUUCAGGGAAAACGCCUGUUCACUUUCUUGCUGAGAGUUAGCUUUAUUGUCUGUAAUUAGAGCCAGUAGCUGGUUAAUUUAGUGAAGCCCAAUAGCACUGCAAAAAAACAAAACAAAAAACAUAAGUUUCUCUCUCUUCUCUUCAAUAGACGAAUAUGAACUGGAUUAUUUCUUGAAUAGGACUUGGACCAUGGUAGAGCGUCCAUUAAAUGUCACUAAACACUUAAAACUAUACCUCUUGUAAACUGGCUAAUUGUUAUUUUUCCCCCACUGAUUAUACAAGUUUCAGUCUGUUAGUUUGAGAUAUUUGGAUGUGAAGGUAGAUCAUUGAAAAGCAGAAGCUCUUUAUGUCUUGGAGCUCUAAUUUGAGACUAAUCCAAGUCUGGCUGCAGCUUUGUGCAAAUUGGUAUGAAUCUAAAAUUAACUCUGUUAGAGAGGCGUUUUCAAGACAUACCAACCAUGAAAACUGCUAGUUAAAGAAGUGCAUAAAUGUAUUUGCAACUUCAGGAAUACUUUUUAAAAAAAGAAGAUGGCUACAAGAAUGAUGACAUGACACAGAUUUUUAUUUUUUUUUAACAACGUUGAGAGAUUUUAUUUCCAUUCGUCUGGCCUUCAAUGGUAUGUUUGACGCUGUCAUCGCUCAUUAGUCUGCUACAGCACAAACAGCAUUCGCAGACGGCUGGAGCUUCGCCCACAGUUGCGAACAGACAUAGGAGCACAUAUUUUCACAACUCUAAACACCUUGCAGACUGACUGCAGCCUUUAAAUUUGUUCUGCUCCAAGCCACAGAAAACCAGCUGUG